CCAACGAAAGAUGGAAAUUGCGGAGAAAAUCCAAGGGGGUGAUAUGGAUUCAGUACAUCGCGAAUAGAACCCAAAAAUUGCUUUAUGGCUGGACUCGACCACCACCACCACCACGACGUUCACCACCACCUUGUGAAUAAAGCUUUAAUAUUUUAAGCGUCCGAACUUUCUGAGACUUCUCUCUGAAACGUAUACAUUUGCAAAAGUGAAGUAGUACAGAGUAAAUAGCUCAGCUUCCGAAAGCAUCAGUCACACUCUCUCGAAAACUCAAAUUAAAAAAAAAAAAAAAAAUAAAGCGAAAAAGGAGAUAAUUUCCCACUCAAGAAACUUCAGAUUCUUCAACAAAUCGUUGCAUUUAUACCACCACCCCCUUUUCUCAUUUGCUUCUCACUUUUAAAACACAAACAAGAGAGAGAUAGAGAGAGAGAGAGAGAGAGAGAGUGGUGGGUUUUCUUAUAUUUUUAUUUUUAUUUUAGUAUUAUAUUUGUUUUCUAGGAGAAGGGUAUCAAGCAUGAGAAAGAAGAUAUGGGUUUUGGUUUUGCAGUGCCUCUUGCUCGUGGGAAUGGGAUGCCAUCUGGGAUAUAUAUAGUUGUAUAUGAACAUUUGAAGCUUGCAGAAUGCAAGGGAUUGGGAAGUAGGCCAAUCCUCCUAUUUAAGGCGCCAAUUUUUGGACCAAAAAGAAAAGAAAAAGUUUGUCUAGGCAAAUCCAAUCCCACUUAGGCUUGGAUAGCUAUUUGUUUGGACACAAACUUGAGAACGUUACUCACAAAAGUAUGGUAUCCCUGUUUAUUGGUCUCACUCACGUUUCCCGUGGUUUCAUCGAUGUGGAAGUUGCCCUAGUCGUACAAGAUACAACCCUAACGAAAUUUCUCUUGUUUGUUGAAUUUCUAUUGAUGCCAGUUCUGACUUUUAUGGGGGUCCAUGUUGUUAGACAUGAGUCACAUGAUCUUCUAGGCCACUUUCUAACUGUUUCGACAAUGGGAGCAGCGGUGCAAGAGAAGGCAGAUGGAGCAAUUCCAGACACCACAUUGUCACCACCAGAAGGGAACACAACAUUCCUUGAUGGCACGACAUGGUGCGUAGCCCUUCCCGGGGUUUCCCAAGCCGAUUUGCAGAACGCAUUAGACUGGGCCUGCGGAUUGGGAAUGGCAGACUGCAAGCCAAUUCAAAAGGGUGGAGCGUGUUACGAACCAGAUACUCUGCUGUCUCAUGCCUCUUAUGCCUUCAAUAAUUAUUAUCAGCAGAACGGGAAUUCGGACAUUGCUUGCAAUUUUGGAGGAACUGCAGGUGUUACUAAAAAGAACCCAAGUCAUGGAAAAUGCAACUACGCUGCGCCCGGAUCUGUAGGCUCUACAGCACCUCCAUUCUCAAAGCAAAGUCACAUCUCUCUUUGGUGGCAACUUGCUGGCCUUCUGCUGCCAUUGUAUCUCGGAAGCUGAUAUUUUGAUGGGUUAAUUAAACUGCUUCCAAGAAAAGCCAAAAUUCCCGGUGCUUUUACAAAAAGCUAUUUGCUGUUACUCUGGGGGAAAAAAAGCAGGAGAUGAGAACAUGAUUAUAAAUUUAGAAUAGGGUUUUGUAAUUGUAAUAUGCUUUAUCCCUAUCUUUGUUUUUGGUUUAGGAAUCUUUUACUUCUAAUUAAUCAAAUCCUAUCCUUCCACCUUU